AGGUUCGAUUAGUGUUCUUGUGAAGUUGAGACCAUUACUGAAGCGAGGGGAUCUCAGAAGCUGUAGCUGUUUUUCGUCAUGGCCAGCGAUUUAAAUUCAUUGAAUUUGUCCUAAUCCUUGGUGCCAAUAUUCGAUGGAAAGAACUCUGUUUUCCGGAUGUUUUUCAGAGUAUUAAAAUGAAGACUUUCUUUGUCUCACAAGAUCUGUGGGAUCUUGUGGAGAAUGAUAUGUCGAAGCCGAGAAGUCACCAUCAGCAAAGUUGAUGAUCGUAAGGUUGUUGAGAAGGUUUUGAGGUGUCUGCCAUAUAAGUUUGAUCAUGUUGUCGCUGCUAUUGAAGAGUCAAAGGAUCUUUCUGUUUAUUCUCUUAAUCAAUUGAAGGGCUCACUUUUAGCACAUGAAGAGAGAAUGAGCAGGUCUGCAGAGAAGAACUUGGAGCAAGCCUUUCAAACAAAGGUAGAGAUCUCUAGCCAGGAGAAAUAUUAUCACAAAGGCUCUACUAGUAGAGGAGUCAACCGUGGUCGUGUUAGAAGCCUUUUCCAGAAUAUCAAUGAGAUAGUGAAGCUGACAGUUUGGCUUGGAGACAACGAAAAGGUGCAAAUUGAAGGCAAGGGAACAAUUGCAAUUAGAACCAAGUCAGGUAUCGAAAAGUUGAUUCAUGAUGUUUAUUACAUACCUAACUUAGCACAUAAUUUGCUUAGUGUGGGUCUGUUGGUAGAGAAUGGGUAUUUGGUUGAAUUUCAUGAUGGCUUGUGUGAAAUCAAGUGUAGUAAAUCUGAUAUGCCUCUUGCUAAGAUUCCCAUGGCUAAAAAUAAAAUGUUUCCACUUGAGAUCUCAUGUUUGAAUGACCUUGCACUUGUCGCUAAUGUUAAAGAUGACUUCAAGUUAUGGCAUUUGAGAUAUUGGCAUUUGCAUUUUAAUGGGCUGAAAUUGUUGAAUCAGAAAAAGAUGGUUUAUGGUUUGCCCUCUGUUGUUCCUAUUGAUGAUGUUUGUGAAGGUUGUGUUUAUGGGAAGCAACACAGAAAUGCAUUUCCAGAUUUGGAAUGUUGGAUACCUGCUGUCAAAGCUGCUAGGUACACACCACUGCCCAUCCUUCCUCCAGUCAGCCACUAGGAGAUUUGCUCAGAAAACUUGAGGACGAAAUUCCUGAAGUCCCCUGUCCUUACAAAAUUCCUGCAAUAGCCUUCAAUGCCCUUGAUAAUACUACCUGGCAGAACAAAUAUGUUACACCAGAAAACUUGAGGAUGAAACAACACUGCCUCUAACCUCCAGGAAAUAACGGGGACUCCCAAAUACCUCACUGGUAGCUUCCCUUCAUUGAAUCCAAGCUCUGCCACAAUUUGUUGCUUCAAAGCUUCUGUUACACCAGCAAUAAAAACCUGGCUUUUGU